UUGACUAGACUACUGCUCGGUGAUUGGCUGUUUGACGCCUAUCCCACAAUCCACCACAAUUCUUCUUCCUUUUUCCUUUCGGCCAUUUUCCUCCCUUGUAGGGAAGUAGGCAGCCAUGGCCCCCAGCCGGAAUGGAAUGAUCCUGAACCCACACUUCCACAAAGACUGGCAGAAAAGAGUCCGCACUUGGUUCAACCAGCCAGCUAGGAAACUCCGCAGGCAAAAGGCUCGCCAGGCCAAGGCCCGUCGCAUCGCUCCCCGUCCUGUCGCUGGGCCACUGAGGCCACAAGUCAGAUGCCCCACCAUCAGAUACCACACUAGGGUCCGUGCUGGACGUGGUUUCACCCUGGAGGAGCUCAAGGCUGCCGGCAUCCACAAAAAGACAGCCCGCACCAUCGGAAUCUCUGUGGAUCCCCGCCGCCGCAACAGGUCCACAGAAUCUCUUCAGGCCAACGUGCAGCGCCUCAAACAGUACCGCUCUAAGCUCAUCCUGUUCCCCAGGAAGGCUUCUGCUCCUAAGAAGGGAGACAGCACUGAGGAGGAACUGAAGAUGGCCACCCAGCUCAAGGGACCAGUGAUGCCCAUCAAAACUGUGCACAAGAAGGAGAAGGCCCGGAUUAUCUCUGAAGAUGAGAAGAACUUCAAGGCUUUCGCCAGCCUGCGCAUGGCCCGCGCUCACGCACGUCUCUUCGGUAUCCGUGCCAAGAGAGCCAAAGAGGCUGCUGAGCAGGAUGUGGAGAAGAAAAAGUAAUAGUUGUUACUUCGGAACUUUGCAAAAUAAAGUAUUGAAAAAGAUGAA